UAAAUAAUCUUAUUUGUAAUCUGUUGUCUCUGUUUCUGCUAUUCGACUGUACACUUACCACCUCUUCACUUUCUCUCUUCAGAACAUAUACAUACAACCUCACUGUUUCUACGUAAGCAUACUAAUUCUGGAAUCAUGCCGGCUGAUUCUCCGGCGUCGGCGUGAGCGACAAGGUAAGUUUAAAGACCCAAUUAUGUUUACAGAGGAUGAUGUAUAUAACACUGCUGGUUUGAAUGAAAAGGAAGAUAGAGAGAGAAUUGUAGAGAGAGAAGCUGAGUCGGUGGUCGUCAGCAGAAGCCGAUCUCAGGCGACUACUCGGCGCGUGACACCCACCGGAGCUGAGUCAUCGUCGGAGAAGCAGUUGGCCAACGGAGAUCUGUACAUCGGAAAAUUCUUGGGAAACGUGCCGCAUGGAUUCGGGAAGUACUUGUGGAGCGACGGAUGUGUGUACCAAGGCGAGUGGAGAAAAGGAAAGGCGAGCGGAAAAGGGAGCUUCUCGUGGCCUUCUGGCGCGACUUUCGAGGGGGAAUUCAAGUCGGGUCGGAUGGACGGGUUCGGUACUUUUAUUGGAUCCGAUGGUGAUAGUUAUCGGGGUGGUUGGGCUAAUGAUAGGAAACAUGGGUAUGGUGUGAAGAGAUAUAAGAAUGGUGAUUAUUACGAGGGGAAUUGGAAGAGGAAUUUGCAAGAUGGGCAAGGGAAGUAUGUGUGGAGGAAUGGGAAUGAGUAUGUGGGGGAGUGGCGGAAUGGUUCGAUCAAUGGGAGAGGGGUUUUGGUGUGGCGCAAUGGGAAUCGCUAUGAUGGGGAUUGGGAGAAUGGUGUGCCCAAGGGGAAUGGGGUGUUCACUUGGCCUGAUGGGAGUUGUUAUGUUGGGAGGUGGGGUGAUGAGGUUUUGAAUGGGACUUUUUAUCCCGGGACCGCGGGAGGAGGAAUUGGGAAUUGUAAAGAGGAUAUGUUUGUGGACGGUUUGGUGUUGCGUGACAAAGUAAGUGAUUGUGGUGCAGUGGUGACAAAGAGAUCGUCCGUUAGUUUGGAGGCUGCUAGAGGGAGCUUGAAUGAGAGGAAUUUUCCGAGGAUCUGUAUUUGGGAAUCGGAUGGUGAUGCGGGAGAUAUUACCUGUGAUAUUAUUGAUAAUGUGGAGGCUACGAUGUUGUAUACACAUGUUAAUUUGUUGGGGAAGGAUGAUAUUGGAAAGUUUAGGAGGAAUCCUUGUUUUAAUAGGGAAGUUAAGAAGCCGGGGCAGAUGAUAUCUAAGGGACAUAAGCAUUAUGAUUUGAUGCUUAAUCUUCAGUUGGGUAUCCGGCAUUCAGUCGGUAAACAUGCUUCAGUAGUUAGAGAUCUUAAACCUAAUGAUUUUGAGCCUAGAGAGAAGUUCUGGACUAGGUUUCCUUCAGAAGGAUCAAAGAUGACACCUCCUCAUCCGUCGGCUGAAUUCCGUUGGAAAGAUUAUUGUCCUGUUGUGUUUAGACAUUUGAGGGAGUUAUUUCAAGUUGAUCCAGCUGAUUAUAUGCUUGCUAUAUGUGGGAGUGAUGCACUCCGGGAACUCUCUUCUCCAGGAAAGAGUGGAAGUCUUUUUUAUUUGACGCAAGAUGAUAGAUUUAUGAUCAAGACAGUGAAGAAAUCUGAAGUCAAGGUGCUAAUUAAGAUGCUUCCAAGUUAUUACAAACAUGUUUGUCGCUACGAGAAUUCCCUUGUCACGAAGUUCUUCGGUGUCCAUUGCGUGAAACCAGUUGGCGGAGUCAAGACGAGGUUCAUUGUCAUGGGCAAUUUGUUCUGCUCAGAGUAUCAAAUUCAUAAACGAUUUGACCUAAAAGGAUCAUCUCACGGCCGCAUGACGAAUAAGGCUGAGGAAGAAAUUGAUGAGACUACCACCCUCAAGGACCUUGACCUAAAUUAUGUGUUCCGCCUCCAGCGGAACUGGUUCCAAGAUAUGAUCAAACAAAUUGAUCGAGAUUGUGAGUUUUUAGAAGCUGAGAAAAUUAUGGAUUAUAGUCUAUUAGUUGGUCUCCACUUUCGAGAUGACAAUACUGGAGAUAAAAUAGGCUUGUCCCCAUUUUUAUUACGAAAUGGAAAGAAAGAUUCAUAUCAGAAUGAAAAGUUUAUGCGUGGAUGUCGAUUUCUAGAAGCAGAGCUACAGGACAUGGAUCGUGUUCUCGCUGGCCGGAAACCACUAAUCAGAUUGGGAGCAAAUAUGCCUGCAAGGGCUGAACGAGUGGCUAGACGGAGUGAUUGUGAUCAGUACAGUCCUGGUAGCGGUGAAACUUAUGAAGUGGUCCUGUAUUUUGGGAUCAUUGAUAUUUUACAAGACUAUGAUAUAAGCAAAAAGCUAGAGCAUGCAUACAAAUCAUUGCAAGCUGACCCAACCUCAAUCUCAGCUGUGGAUCCAAAGCUAUAUUCCAAGAGAUUUAGAGAUUUUGUAGGGAGAAUAUUUGUUGAAGACGGGUGACUUGGCCAAACAUGAAUUGAGAUUCAAGCCUGGGGUUGUGAAGUUUCAUGUUUGAAUCUAGAAUCUACAGUUCAGCAGCAGCAGACUAUAUAUUCUUGGUGGGAGUAGAGGAUUAGACAACACUGAUUGUGCUUCUGCCUUUGGAUUGAACUGGAUCUUCAACAAGGAUUGCCUACUCAAUGGCUGAAUUCUGAUGAUAGCCAUGGGUUUUCGGAAGAAGCAAGUGCCAUGUACAAUCAAAGGGGCAAGGGAAAAUUGGAUUAUGGUAUUGUUAUUGUUUUAUUAUUUCAUGAAUUUUUUUUGUGAUAACCAAGGAAACCAAGGUUUGAAAGGAUAGUAGACAAGACCUAAGAGUACCGGGAAAUGAGUAAAUUAUUUUCCCAUAAAGGAGAUUCAACAAUGAGUGAGUUAGUAAUAAGAAAGUGUACAGCAUAUAGAAAAGAAAAGGGUGGGGGUAGACUAUGAAAAUUUUGUGGGAUAUUUUUUGGAAGUAAAUUAAUGUGUGGACCAAUGCUGUCUCCUUCUGGUCUCUAGCUACAAAUGUAUGUUGUAAAUAUAAUGUAAAUGUAAACAUAAAUGUAUGGUAGUGCAAUUAUAAGAAUUGUUUUGUGA